GGCAGGCAGACCCCCAGCAAGCCAGGAAGGAGGAGGCAGACAGAGUGGCCACCACAGUUCUCUGCAGCAGACCCUCUGCCCAGGCCAGUCAGCCACUCAGUCCUUGCCAGAAUCAGAACUAUCACUUGAAAGUCUUCAUUGAACCAGAAGCAGUACUUACUGAGGCAAUGGUGGGCAAAAACGGCAGGCAGAGGCAGCAGCAGCAGACACGCCGAAGCAACAUCAAGGCCCCCAGCAGCAGCUGCUUAGUCUCCCCUCAUCCAUGUAUGUAAACAGAGCCCUUCGCCUUUUCUUCCCUCACAGCACCGCACUGAAGAUAGAUUUCCUAGGUGGAGUCAUGCAGCCCCGAAGAAGCAUAACAAAUACUCAUUGUAUUACCGUGCUGAUUCUGGCGCAGGGGCGCCACGCACACUCUCUGCCCCACCCAGCCAAUGGGAGAGCGCCCGCCCACCCGCCGGCGCCACCAGCCCGGAUUCAGUGAUCUCGUUUCCAUCUGUACCAGACAGAGGCCCUUUCCACAGCAAGUCUUGACUUUGCACAGCUACAAAUGCCAAGAAUUAGCCAAUCACUAUCUUGGCUUCAAUGGCUGGUCUAGUUGCCUCAUCACACUUCAGAAUAUAUCUGGUUUUGAAGAGGAGGAGAACAAAGAGGAGGAAGUGAGGACUUCACCCAUGAGCCAAUGUCUGAAGUAUCUGUGCAUUCAGGAAUUAAUCAUCCCCCAACAUGGGAUCCGUACCAGAGGAGUUGGUGUGGCUGAGCCUCAUGUAGAUGCCAGCCAAGAGCUGUGGAACUCGGAAAGCACCAAGACCUCUUGUUCCACAUCUUCAUACGAGCCAGGAAAGGCUGGGUAACAGCCACUGCCUUCAGCCUAGAGCAGUGAGUGCUAAGAGCAUUGCCAUCAGCCAUCAGAUAUUUAUAUCACACACCCCAUGGAUUCUGAAACCUCUGUUACCUCCCUGCCCAUUUGAAGCAAAGAAAAUAACACUGUU